AGAGAAUUGCAGUCGGAUAUGUCAUAUAACGAAGAACACAUUAAAGACAGAGUGACCGAGGGAUUGAAAGCUGCAUAUGUGGAACAUCCUCUUGAAAUUCUUGCCGAUUAGUUUCGAUUCGAAGAUAGCUAUUUGGAGUGACAAACGAGGAUACUCGUAUGACGGAGAAUGCAGGGAAAGUUGCAGCUUGCUUUCAUCAUCUCCUUUGCCAUUCUCUUGAGAUGCUGCAUUACUUAUCAUUCUCACAGUGGAGAAGGCAAACCCCCUAUGUACGGAGAUUACGAGGCCCAACGACACUGGCAGGAGAUCACAUUGAAUCUGCCUCUUGACGAGUGGUAUAUUAAUACCACAGACAAUGAUCUGCAAUACUGGGGUUUAGAUUAUCCACCUUUAACGGCAUAUCACAGUCUCCUGUUAGGCCACGUUGCAAACAGGAUAGAUCCUUCCUUCGUGAAGCUGCGAGAAUCCAGAGGAUUCGAGAACGCUGCGCACAAGCACUUCAUGAGACUGACCGUCUUAAUUACAGAUAUUUUUAUUUAUUUGCCGGCUAUUAUAUAUUUUAUAAUUAAUUCACAUUCCUGGGACAAUCGUCAACAAUUUAGCGAGUCUAACAUAUUCAAAUUUACAAGGAGAGACAUUGCUGUUUUGACAGCAUUGCUCUAUCCAGGAUUGAUACUAAUAGAUCAUGGUCAUUUUCAGUACAAUUGUGUGUCACUAGGUUUCUUUGUCACUGCUGUAGCUGUUGUGCUGCAAGAUUCAUUCGUUAUUGGCUCAAUUCUAUUUGUCCUAGCAUUGAACUACAAGCAAAUGGAACUGUAUCAUGCUUUACCAUUUUUUUUCUAUAUACUCGGACGUCACACACCUAGCAAGACGAGAUCCUGGUCUCACUGUAUUCGCAUGCUGGUAUACGUAUCCUUCGCAGUGCUGAUGACGUUCUAUGUUAUCUGGAUGCCAUUUCUAAAGAGUAAAGAUUUAUUUUUCAGCACGAUAUCCAGAUUAUUCCCUUUUUCCAGAGGCGUGUUUGAAGACAAAGUUGCUAAUAUUUGGUGCGCAAUCAAUAUUGUCUAUAAAUUGCGACAGAUUUUCACGAACGAACAAUUAGCCAAGAUCUGUUUAAUAACGACAACGUGCGCAGUUCUACCGAGUUGCAUUAGUUUAUAUUUAUCACCUAUGAGGAAUGCAUUUAUACUGUCUCUAAUAAACUCUGCUCUGGCAUUCUUCCUUUUCUCAUUUCAAGUUCAUGAAAAAUCCAUUCUCUUGGUUGCUGUUCCGGUUUUACUGCAUUUUCACAAUGAUCCUCUCCCUUGCUUUUGGUUCUUGAUCAUCUCGCAUUUUAGUAUGCUACCAUUAUUUAUAAAGGAUAAUCUAUACCUUGCUUAUAUUGGCACAAUAAUUUUUUAUUUUUACUCUGUUUUUUUGAUAUGGCCCGAUCUAUUUUACAAUGAUGGAACAAACAGCUUGUUAAAUAAAGAUAAAUCAAAAUUGAAAAAUAGAAUAAAACAAUAUAAGAAAAGUAAAGUUCUCUCAGAUUUGUUAAAUUAUAAAAAGUCUUGGCUUUUGCUCGCAUUCUAUGGAUCUAUUUCAGGUGUGUUACUUCUUUCUAUCAUCAAUCAAUUUGUAAAACCUCCUGAAAGGUAUCCGGAUUUAUUUCCACUUUUAGUAUCGAUAUAUUCGUGUGGACAUUUUCUAAUUUUCUUUGUAUAUUUUAAUUACACCCAACUAUUUGUAUUCAGGAAAGAGAACGCUGCAAGUAAAAUCAAGUCACAUUAAAUGAGGCAGCUACUGAAAACAGAGAAUGUACAAAUUGUUACAUUUGUAAAUAAUAAAUAAAUAAUUCUAAACAUUUAAAA